GUCGCGCCGGGGGUGACGCGCGGCGCCGACUUCGGCGAACUGCGCCUGUCACUCCCGGGUUCGCUGCGGCCGGCGAGCGGGCGCCAUGGCGGUUCUGCUGGAGACCACUCUGGGCGACGUCGUCAUCGACCUGUACACGGAGGAGCGGCCGCGCGCCUGCUUGAAUUUCCUGAAGCUGUGCAAAAUAAAAUAUUACAAUUAUUGCCUUAUUCACAAUGUACAGAGGGAUUUCAUCAUACAAACUGGUGAUCCUACAGGGACUGGCCGUGGAGGAGAGUCUGUUUUUGGUCAGCUGUACGGUGAUCAAGCAAGGUUUUUCGAUGCAGAAAAAGUGCCAAGAAUUAAGCACAAGAAGAAAGGCUCUGUGUCCAUGGUGAAUAAUGGCAGUGACCAGCAUGGAUCCCAGUUUCUUAUUACUACAGGAGAUAAUCUAGAUUACCUUGAUGGUGUUCAUACAGUGUUUGGUGAGGUGACAGAAGGCAUGGACAUAAUUAAGAAAAUCAAUGAGACCUUUGUUGACAAGGAUUUUGUACCAUAUCAAGAUAUCAGGAUUAAUCAUACAGUGAUUUUAGAUGAUCCAUUUGAUGACCCUCCGGAUUUAUUAAUUCCUGAUCGAUCACCAGAGCCUACUAGGGAACAACUAGAUAGUGGUCGAAUCGGAGCAGAUGAGGAAAUUGAUGAUUUCAAAGGAAGAUCAGCUGAAGAAGUAGAAGAAAUAAAAGCAGAAAAAGAGGCCAAAACUCAAGCUAUUUUAUUAGAAAUGGUAGGAGACCUACCUGAUGCAGAUAUUAAACCUCCGGAAAAUGUGCUGUUUGUGUGUAAAUUGAAUCCAGUCACCACAGAUGAGGAUCUGGAGAUAAUAUUCUCAAGAUUUGGGCCAAUAAGAAGUUGUGAAGUUAUUCGAGAUUGGAAGACAGGAGAAUCCCUCUGUUAUGCUUUUAUUGAAUUUGAAAAGGAAGAAGAUUGUGAGAAAGCAUUCUUCAAAAUGGACAAUGUACUUAUAGAUGACAGAAGAAUACAUGUGGAUUUUAGCCAGUCUGUUGCAAAGGUUAAAUGGAAAGGAAAAGGUGGAAAAUAUACCAAGAGUGAUUUCAAGGAGUAUGAAAAAGAACAGGAUAAACCAUCUAAUUUGGUCCUGAAAGAUAAAGUAAAGCCCAAACAGGAUGCAAAAUAUGAUCUUAUACUAGAGGAGGAGGCAGAAGACUCAAAGUCGAGUCACUCACACGCAAGUAAAAAGCACAAGAAGAAAACCCGUCACUGCUCUGAAGAAAAAGACGACGAGGGCUACAUGCCAGUCAGAAAUACUAAUCAGGAUAUCUACAGAGAAAUGGGGUUUGGUCACUAUGAAGAAGAAAGCUGUUGGGAGAAACAAAAGAGUGAAAAGAAAGACCGACCUCAAAACCGAAGUCGUAGCCGAUCUCGAGAAAGGGGUGGCCACCAUAGUAAUAGUCACAAAUCCAAAUACCAAACAGGUCCCUAUGACAGGGAAAGGAGUAAAAAGAGAGACCGAAGCAGGAGUCCCAGGAAAUCCAAAGAUAAAGAAAAAUCUAAGUACAGAUGAAAGAUGAAGAAUCCGACAGGAGUGGCUAAAGGAUUUACUCUUGUCUAACUUAGAGUAAUAUUUGUUCAGAUUUUGAAUCAAGGCAGUUAAAGACUCUGCUUGUUCCCCCCCCUAUAUUCUAAUUGUGCCCCUUUUAGGUUAAUUAUGAUUGUGUGGGCACAGAAAGACAAAGAAGUGAACAUUUUUUUUGUAUACUUUUUUACACUAAUUUUAUUGUUAUACAUAAAUAGUAGUCUUCAUUUUUCAAGUUUUUCACAUUUUCCACUUUUAAAAAAUGAAGUAUUUCAUACCUACAAAAAAACAUGUAUAUAUGGUAAAAAUAAUAAUUAUCUUUGUACCCAUCAGCCAGCUUAGGAAAUGAAUAUUACCUGCAUUUUAGAAGUCCUGUAUGUCCCCUCUCCUUCUCAAGUAAUUAUUAUAAAUUUUGUGUUUGUUAUUUUCUCUCAUUAUAGUUUUACAACAUCAGUAUCCCUAAAUGAAAUGUUAAGUUUUGUAUGUUAUUGAAUUUUAUAUAAAUGGUAUAACGUAUGCUCACUUCUGUGACUUGCUUUUUUCAACUUAGUGCUUUUUGAGAAUCACUCAUUUUUAUUGCUGUGUAGUUCAUGGAUAGACCGCAGUUCAUCCUUUUUUCUGUGGGUGGGUGGAUGUUUGGGGUGGGUUUGGUUUGGUUUUGCUAUUGCAAACAGUGCUGCUAUGAACUUUGCAUGUCUGGGAGGAACACUGCUUGGCCACGUGGUCUGGGUGUCUUCGUUUUACAAGAUGAUGCCGAAUUGUAGCGUGCAGUGGGUGUACCCGCUUAUGCCCUACCAGCGCUGUGUGAGUUACCUUCAUCUCAUGUUAUCUCCAGCACUUCUUAAUUUUGGACUUUGUAAUUUUGCCACUCUAGGGGAGCUUAAGUGGCAUUUUCUUGUGGUGUCCAGCAAGAAGACUAUUACAUUCUUUGUUGUUCUGUAUGUAAUGUGUUCUUUUUCUCUGGCUGCAUGUAAGUUUUUGAGUUUUAAACAGUUUGAUUAUGGUGUGCUUGGUAUAGUUUUUUUGAUAUUUCUUCUGAUGGGGCUAUUUACCUGUAGUUUUAUGGUUUUCAUCAAAUUUGGAACAUUUUUGGCUACUAUUUCUUCAGUUAUUAUCAUUAUUUUUGUCUUCCCUUUCCUCUCACUGCUUUCCCUCUGGGACUUUAGCUGUAUGUUAGGCCACAUUCAAUUGUCUCCCAAGUUUAAGUCUUUUUUUCCUUUUUGUAUGCCAAAUUGGACAGUUUCCAUCAUGUCCUUGAGUCCAUGAAUCUUUUCCCUUGCAGCAUUCAGUCUCUUGUUAAUUCCAUUCCUUGUAUUUUUGACCUCAGACAUUAGUUUUUUUAUUUUUAUUUUCUUUAACCUUCACCAGAGGAUAUUUUCC